AUGUUUGGACUCGUUCAGCAAAUAUUGAAAUAUAAAUCAAUUGAUGAAGUGAUUCAAAGAGCAAAUUCAACACAAUAUGGUUUAGGUUCGGUUAUACUGACCAAUGAUUUAAAUAAAGCACUGGUGUUUGCACAGGGAGUCAAAGCCGGAUCGGUUUGGGUUAACUGUUACGAUACGGCAGCGGUUAAGACACCGUUUGGCAGCUAUAAGAUGUCCAGUUAUGGCCGUGAAUUGGGCGAAGACGGUAUACGGGAGUAUACAGAGUGUAAGGCAGUGACCAUUAGGAUUCCCGUUAAAAAUUCAUAG